AUGUAUGAAUCUAGACUUAAGAUUGGAGGUCUUCCAUAUGCACGAGAGAUAAGUAAGAUACUUGAACAAAGUCUGGUAGUUAUGAUUGGAGAAAGAGUGGUUCAAAUGAACAAGUUCAAUAAUUUGAUUGGUGAAGACAUUAUCAAGAAAGUAGGUAUUAUUUGUGAUGGUACCAAGUAUGUUUACAAGCAUGAGAAUCAACCCUCAUCAUCUUAUACAUGUCCUUCCUCAUCCAGCCUUCCUCAUCCGGGUCAAUUGCGAAGAGGAGGAUUAAUAUCGGUUUAUGUUGUCCUUUUUUGUUUGGUUCUUAGUACUAUGUCUUUUACGUUUUAUCUAGACUAA